GCGGGGCGGGGCCUGGCCGCUCAGCACCGCGGUCCCGUCCCCGGCUGCGGGAAUGCGCACCGGCGAGGUCCUGUCGCGGUGCCGCUCUCCCGCCGGCCGCCCGGACGGCCCCUGACCCGGCGCGCCGCAGCUCGGCGGCGGGAGGGCAGGCGGAGCGCCAUGGCCUGCAUCCUGAAGGUCCUUGUGUACAGUCACUGCUGGCAUCUCCUCCUGGGCUUCCAGUAAUCAUUUCCAGCGCAGCCUAGCUCUCCUGAUUUCAUCGCUCUUGAGUGACGGAGCCAUUUUCUCGCAGAAUGCAGUCCCUCCCUGGGAAACGGGAGCAGAAAUAGUCAUCUAGCAGUGGAACCGUUGGAAAAUAAAAAGAAAAUGAUGGAUUUGGCAGCCAGGGUCUGCACAGACUGGCCCGGUAUCCCCAGCAGUGUGAGCAGAGCGGGGUUUCGGUCUUUCCUUUGAACUGUCAUGGCUGGUUAAUGUGAUGCCCACGGAGUAUUACGAGGCUAUGAUUUUGAACUUGGUGCCCUGCAUAGACUCUGCCUCGAGUCUAUGCCUCGAGUCUAUAGGAAGAUUAAACAUUAAUUAAAGUAACUACACAGGAGAGUCAACAGUGUCACGAAGUAGAAAAAUAUCUGGCUUCCCCACCAGGGAAAGCCGUUUGAGAAGGAGAGGUCUUGUGCUGGACGCUGGCGAUGGAUGUAAUAGGGCUUCACUGGACCCAAGGGUAGGAGUCGUUGCUCAGGAAAAUGUUCUGUCUUUGAUUCCUGGAAGAAAAAUUUGAAAAAUUCAGCCAAUGUGGAGCCAGCUUGGGAGCCCUAAUGGUACAGAGAGAAAGGAAACAUAACCAUGUACAAGAUGCAAGUCUUAGCAGUGGCCCUGACCCUGACUGAAUUCCUUGCCUCUUUGUGGCUUUAGUUCAGUGCAUCAGGUUAGGCCUGGUAGAUUUUCUUCAGGUUGCUUCUCAGCAAGUGGCCUACCAGCCUUCUCUUUGCAAAGAGAAAAUCUGCAAUUGCGGUGAGCUUCAUAGCAGCAUUCCUCUUCCUGCUGGUUGUGCGCCUUGUAAACGAAGUGAAUUUCCCAUUGCUACUAAACUGCUUUGGACAACCCGGAACAAAGUGGAUACCGUUCUCCUAUACAUACAGGCGGCCCCUGCGAACUCACUAUGGAUACAUCAAUGUGAGGACACAAGAGCCAUUACAACUGAACUGUGAACUGUGUGCCAUAGUGUCAAACUCAGGCCAGAUGGUCGGACAGAAGGUGGGGAAUGAGAUAGACAGAUCUUCCUGCAUCUGGAGAAUGAACAACGCCCCCACCAAGGGUUAUGAAGAAGAUGUUGGUCGCAUGACGAUGAUUCGAGUUGUAUCCCACACCAGUGUUCCUCUUUUGCUAAAAAAUCCUGAUUAUUUCUUCAAGGAAGCAAACACUACUAUUUAUGUCAUUUGGGGCCCUUUCCGCAAUAUGAGGAAGGAUGGCAACGGAAUUGUUUACAACAUGUUGAAAAAGACAGUUGAUGUCUAUCCAAAUGCCCAAAUUUAUGUGACCACAGAGAAGCGCAUGAGCUACUGUGAUGGCAUUUUCAAGAAGGAAACUGGGAAGGAUAGAGUCCAGUCUGGCUCUUAUCUCAGCACGGGGUGGUUCACCUUCAUUCUGGCCAUGGAUGCCUGUUACGGCAUCCGUGUCUACGGGAUGAUAAAUGACACCUACUGCAAGACAGAAGGAUAUAGAAAAGUCCCCUAUCAUUACUAUGAACAAGGAAGAGAUGAGUGCGAUGAAUAUUUUCUUCAUGAACAUGCCCCAUACGGGGGACACAGAUUUAUCACUGAAAAGAAAGUGUUUGCCAAAUGGGCUAAGAAACACAGAAUAAUAUUUACACAUCCAAACUGGACGGUAUCUUGAUGUUGGUUUGCCAAGCUUGCCACACCCAACUAGGGUACUGCGAGUGUGGUGCUGUUGGUGCCAGUGAUGAUGAUGGUGUCGAUUAAGAUGACAACAAUGAUGAUGACUGAGUUCCUCUACAUCCUGCAGUAUGGGUGGUGACUCUGGCAGUAAUUCGAACUUGGGAUUCCACGAGGAUAGCUGUAUUCAUUAUGCUCUUCCUGAAGGUCCAAUACUACAUAGUGCACUUUAUAAUUUAACUGGAAUUGAAACAAAGACCAAUGAUGUAACAACUGUGACUCAAGAAAUGAGAAGGUUGUCUUUCAAGAUAGUUGCCCAGAACUUUCAAAAAUGAUGGAAUUUGGCCUCAUGGUGCAAGGUUAUAGAGUCCAUGGCUUCUUGAACCUGGACAGCAGCAGCAUCUUGAAAAAUGAGUGACUAUUAAACACUGUCCCAAGAAAUGCUAUCAGGGUACAAGUAUCUUACCACAGUUACUAAUGAGCCUGAGGUAGAGGAAGGUAUCUCUUUUUGAUGCACCAUCUUUCUGUGGUAUUUCUUACAGAGAAACUCUCAGGCCAUUACUCAAUUAUCAGUGAAGACAUCCAUCAAGGAGGUUCUACUCAUCGGGAUUUCUUGACUCUCUCAAACACUUCAUUCAAGCUGUACUGCGUAGAAAAUCUUCAGGAAUUUCUACUCUGAUCAUUUCAUUCUUACUACUUAAAACAAUAUAAUUAAGGGUCUAUAUUAAAGUUGUUAUUUUUUGGUUGAGUCCUAAAUAUUUCUGGAGGCUGUUUAACAUGUAAGAUACCAACUUCAACACUGUAAUAAUGUAUACUGUGAAAACAUGCCUAAAACGUAACCAAAGGGUUUCCCAGCUCUGCUACAUCUAACAACACAAAAUUACACGCAUUUUAAAAUCAUAAGGGAAAGCAAAGCAUAUUUUUACAUCAUUUGUAUCCUAUCAUAAGUCAUAAUAUAUAUAUAUUUGUAUGUUCAAAUUUCUAUUUUAUAGACCAAGGAUGUGUCUCUCCAUACAUUACAUGAUCCAUGCCAAGUAUCAACUGUUUGACGUGGCUGAUUUCCUUCUAUUAGAUCUCACCAGAGCUUUUGUCUUUGUGGGGCUAAUUUUCCCCAUAGUGUGUUAAUUGUUAUAUCAUUCUAACAGCAGUAGUAAUGACCUUAAUGUCCAAAGUGCUUUGCCAUUUAGAGCGUUUUCCUGUGUGCUAUACCAUGUGAUGCCCUUGACUGCCUCGUGGGAUAAUUGCCUGUACAUUCCUUGUUUCUUCAGCAAAUAAUCUAUAAUUUGCUGACUGCUACAAUAUAGUUCAGAUUGCUCUAUUUGCUAAUAUUUGUAUAGAAUAGCAUGUCUGUAAACUAGUAACCAAUUGAUUUGAGUGCCAAAUACAGCAUAUUAUAUUAAAAUUAUGCAAAAAGUUCCACAAGGACAGCGUUGGCCAUAGAUUAGGACUCUUGUGAACUUUUGAUAUAUUUGUUCUUUUGGUAAAUGACCGUUUCAAGGAAAAAAGAUAAGAAAGCAGGGGCAACAGGAAUGAAUGAACAUAGAAAAACACACUUUCAUUUUCCAGGAUUGCAACAGUUUUGUUCUUCAUGUACUAACAGACUCAGUAAAUAUUAGAGAGUUGAUUCACUGAGAGACUAGAGACUACAAACCCAUUCUUAUACGAUGCUUCAAAAAACAAAAACCAGGCUCCAUUUACAGAAUGCUUUAGAGGCGGAGACUAUGAUGUAUUUCACCUCAGGAACACUCGACGAAUUUUUAUCAGUGCAAACCACUAUGAUGAGUCAUCGUUAAAAUGUAAAAGUUUCUCUCCUGCUCUCUUCUGCCAUUUGGGACCCCAGUACUCACCCUAAAAUUUACCAAGCCCGGUUUCACCAUCAGUAGAGAGAGCUGUUAUUCUUUGUAGUUUCCUUAUGUGAUUUUCAGUUACAUGAAUGCUAGUUUUUCAGAGCUAAUAAAGAAUAGAAUGCCCACUUAAAGAAAAAUGUAUACAAAUACUAAAAUUGUAAUGCAGACUGUUUUCUCCCUUUUGUAAUAUGGAAAUUCCACUUUUAAAUAAAAAGGAAUCUUUGAUUAAUCAGAA